GUGGUCCCGUUCUUUCGAACCUAUUGUAUACACAAACAUACAUAUAUAUAUAUUGACACGACCGUUGUAGAGCCUGUAAUAGCUGAUUUCGGCAAUCAUGGUGAACGUCACGAAAGAAAAUUUCAUCGAGCAAACGAAUGAUUUGUUGCAGCAUUUGCCGACGGCAGCCUUUAUCGCCAUUGACGAAGAAAUGACGGGUAUCACGGUGCCGGGCACGCCCCGUCCGGCCAAGGAGCAACCGCCGUCGGCCCUGUACGCGUCGACGCUCAAGUACGUGCCGGAACGGUACAGCAUCAUUCAACUCGGGGUCGUGCUCUUCCACGCCACGAGUGAACCGGGGGAGGUACACGAAUGGCAGGCCCGGAGGUACAACUUUUACGUCUUCCCCGCGCAGGACGGAUGGUCCGGUGAGACACGGGAAGUUGUGCUCAACCCCGGGGCCGUCGCCUUUUUGCAGCAACACAACAUGAGUCUGGAUCUGUGGACUCAACAGGGCGUGACGUACCAAACCAACGAUAAGGCCUACGAAACGGUACAUGCCUACGUCGAGAAGGAACUGAUUCGGGAACGAGCAGCCGAAGAUAAGGAACGACAUGCGAAUCUGCAGGAUAGCACUCGAAGACGUGUCGAGUUGCGUCGAUCGGAAGACAUUGAUUUUCACGCUCGUGCCAUGGCAAGUUUGCGUGAAUGGCUAGAUGCCGCUUUGAACGAAGUUGAAGGUCCACCCAUAGAACUAGCACCGGAAGGAGCCGCAUUCCUGCUGCCAUCGUGCAACUCAUUCUUGCGUCGUGCUCUCUACGAAAGCAUUGAAGCGGAAUAUCCCGAUUUGGUGUUGGAAAGUGCCGGCAACAACCAAAUUCGCGUGUUACGCUUAACUGAGGAGGAAUCCCAAACGAGGAAGCAACGACUCCGGCGGGAAGAUUGGGAAAAGGUGGUAGUGAACAAAAUUGGCAUGUGGCGUGUCUUCGAGGCUAUUUCGCGCGUGUGCCGUGGAGAACAUCUUGAUUUGACGUCAGCGGUCUUGGCACCGUCGGUCGACGCCGUUGAUUUUACCUCACCAUUGGUGCCCUUUGCGGAAGACACAUUGUCUUUGGGUUCGAAAUCCAGUCGUCGCCGGAACAUUCCAUUAGUGGUACACAAUGGAUUCAUGGAUAUUUGCUUCUUGUUGACCCAUUUUCAUCACGAAACCCUUCCUGAUACGUUGAAGGAGUGCAAGGGAUUGAUAAGUCGUUACUUUCCAAUUAUUUACGACACCAAGGCUGUCACUACUGAAUGCAGUACAUGGAGCAAUGAGAAUUCGGCACUGGCUGCUCUGUUUGAGAAAGUGGUGCGACAGAACAACGGAUUAGAGGACAGGAUUGAAGUUGUCGCGGACGCUGGUAGAGGGGACGCUACCGAUGAUCAGGAACAUGAAGCCGCCUAUGAUGCGUACAUGACGGGUGCAAUCUACAUUGGGCUUUGUGAGCAGAUAAAAAGCACAUUGCAAGACGAAACAGUAGCACUAGAUGGCGUCGGGAAUAUGACGCAUUUGACAAUCGAUAACGAAGGCACAGAGAAUACACGACUGCUUUAUGGUAGAAACAAGCUCUUUCAAAUGAGUAUGUAUACCAUGGACUUGGAAGAUCCAGUUUCUGACCCUCUGAGUCGAGGAAUGCUUGUGGAAUCGACAUUCCGCGUGUCUGAUAUAGACCCCUCAGUAUCUACUCGUGACAUCAUUCGUUGUCUGUCGGGUUUGAUCGAUACACAGGAUCGACGGGUGAAUUUUGAGAUAAUUUGGCUAAACGAUACGUCCUUUCUGGUUGCCGCCGUCUUCCGUCCAGAAGUCAGUGACACGGCAUUGGACCCUGCUGCCACUAUCCUGGACCAUGGCAAGCUCAUCUUGGGAGCACUACGUCUUCGAUUUGCGAAAGAACGAAUUAUGAGCCUCGAACAAGUGCUGAAGGUGGACUCCCUCGAGACAAUAGACGAAGCGAAAAGAGAUGGCUGGUUGUCACACUUUUGGAGACUGCUCGGAUUUGCGUCAUCGAAACGAAAAGGCGGUCAUGAUCAAUUUGACGGUCAGCCUGUAGCUAAACGCCGGCGCGUCUAACGAGUCGAGGAGAGACUUUUAUGCCACUAUCGGAGUACUGACCAUGCGCGGUUAUAAUUUAAAGCUAAGCACGAUUCAGUAGCAUUCAAUGCAAUGGAA